UCGACUGUUCCCAUGUGGGAUGGCCCGCAUGGGAGGGACCGAUGCAUCGUCGUGGGCAACACAGGCUUGGAUUCCUUCCUACAGAGUCUAUUCUGCAAGUGACACGUAUCGACGCCUUCCCGGAUCAACAACCUACGCAGGCGAGUUGUGCGUCGUCGCAGCCAACCAGCCAUCUACAUCAUGGUCCUCAAUCGUAAACGCCGUUGCGCCAUUUCGCAGACAUUGCUUAGAGGGAGCCGGCAUACGCGCCGCAGCCGUCAUUGAGCAGUGAACGAGCGAGCGCCUAGGUUCCAAAGAGUGGUUGCGAGGGCAUCAUCAUCAUCAUCAUCAUCACCAGUCAAUGCUUGCAACAAAGUUCAGCGCCGCGUCGAUGCAACAAUGUCAAUGUCACCGCAGCGAUGGUCCAUAGGUGCCUCACGCAAGCCGGGGCAGGAAUACCCCACGGGCUCCGAAUAAUGGUGUUACGUAUAGGGAGUAUUUGCAGCGGACCGAUAUUGUCACUCCGAUCAUAUACUAGAGGCAAGCGCACAUAACACGCGGGAUAACGCUCCCACGCGUGCACCGCCCAUGAUAAAAGGCUUGAAGGAGGGCUGCCAACAUGCCACCGGUUUCUUUCUUCGUUUGAACAGCGCAACCGCCGUCUCACGCUGCGGCCUACGUACGUUUCCACUUGUUACCGAGUGUCGUGUUCCAUGCGGAUUAUCAGAACCUAACAUACCAACGCAACGUACGUCGCUUUGUACUCUACAUUCGCACGAUGCUCUUCCCCUCCAUGACCAUGCCGCUCCUUGUGGCCUUGAUGGGUGGCGCCUCCUGUGUAUCCACGGGUGGUCCGCGCGACGAGACUCCAAACGGUCUUCUGAGGACAUAUCAUCAGCAGGUCGAGGACCUACUCCGAGAAGCUACCAGCAGCACCGUCUGCUACAAAGACUACAUCGGCAGGCUCAAGGCUUCCAAGCAAAAACCGCCAAACGCCUCGCUGACAGCGGGCAUUCACGACAGUGACGCGUCAGCGAGAAGCUCAUGGGUGCACCUUGACAACGCCCGCAAGACUGCUCAGAACCCAAAAUUUGAAAGGAGCGGGCUCGUCGUCGAGGGUCUCCCUGACGUCCUGGAUACCCGGGGCAAACACCAGGGACCAUACACCGAGGCGCUCCAGCGCACGCUCAAGCAUCUCGGCGAGGCGGCAGAGCUAGCCGGCGAGGCCCACGAAACCGUGCAACGGGAGAGAGCCAACGUCCUCGACGAGCUCAAGAAGCCUCCCAAGGACCGGCGCAUUGACACGUCCAAGGCCGUGGUGCAGAUGGAGGAGCUAGAUGGGGGCGCACGAGGCCUCGUGGUGCUCGGCGUGGCCGUGGCAGGCGUGGCCGUAGCCGGGGUGAUAACGUACGCACCCUUCGUGGCGGCGCACGUGGAGACGGCGCAGGCCAUCGAAGAGCUUGACGAGGCGGUGUCAAGGACCAGGGACGUUGGGGCACGGUUCGCGUUGCAGGCAAGGUCCAACCCGCACGAGGUGGACAUUGGCAUGGCCGUGAGCCUUCGCGACAGCGCGGCCCAUGCCAGAAGGCUGCUCCAGGUCGCUGACGACAACAUUGCGGUGCAGGACAGGCUGCUCCCGCACGUCUCUGACGACCAACGGGCCGAGGCGAGCGCCGUCAUUCACGAUGCAGCGGUCCAAGUCCAAGAUGCCCGCAUGGCUAUUGACCAGCCGCGAACCUGGUACUUGUGGUUCAGGAACUACGUCCGCAGCGUUGCCUUUUGACCAGAGGCCAUGCAUGGCAGGGGAAGGGAUCUGGACGGGGCAAACGCGACGGCCAUGGACGCAUCAAGCACAAACGAGGGAGGCCUAUCCAUGGAGCGUUAGCCAGCAACGUCUUGUCUUGCAUGGCUGAUCGCGCGGCAUGAGGCGACUGUGCAAUGGAGGUAUCACGCAGAAACGAGGGAAAUCUCUAGCUGUGGAGCGGCAGUCGUGAGUGGCGGCAGCAGUUACGGCAUGGCAUCGUCGCGGUGAUGGAUGUUGAACGCAGUUUGGAUGGAAUGGAAAGGUGCAGCUCCAAGUGUGGCUUAUCGGCUGGACAGAAGAGUGAGUGUUGUUGAUG